AGUAAGCUCCGGGAAGACUUGUCUACUGAAGAGUGAAAGAAAAGAGCACAGACCAGGGAGAAUACACCGGAGAGCCAAAAGACACCGAUCCUUAUAAGAUCACAAAUCCUUAUAGAAACGGACCAAAAGUCAACAGGAGGGGAGUGAGCGGAAGAUGGAAAAGCAGCUUCAUGUCAGAGAGGACUGAGACUCAACGAGACUCAAGGACAAACUGAAUCCACAUUCAAUUCAGGGGGCGAGGGAAACAUCGAGAUGAUCUCAAGAGAUGGCCUCCAAUUUCAGCGAUAUUGUCAAGCAGGGCUAUGUACGGAUGCGCAGUCGCAAGCUUGGGAUUUAUCGUCGUUGCUGGUUGGUUUUCAAGAAGCCGUCCAGUAAAGGGCCUCGUCGACUGGAGAAAUACCCUGAUGAGAAGUCUGUCCACAUCAGAGCCUGUCGUAAGGUGACAGAAAUGAGCAACGUUAAGACUGUCACAAGGCUGCCUCGGGAUAGCAAGCGACAAGCGGUGGCCAUUGUAUUUACUGACGACACCUCACGUAUGUUUACUUGUGAAUCAGAACUGGAGGCAGAAGACUGGUUCAAGAUGCUGUCAAUGGAGUGUCUGGGAGCAAGUGUCAGUGACAUCAGGAUGGGAGAACCAGACCUCCUGGCAGCUGGAAUGCAAUGUGAACACACAGAGCGUUUGAAUGUAUUCCUGCUACCCUGCCCCCACAUGGACAUCUAUGGAGAGUGUCUGAUGCAGAUCACCCAUGAGAACAUUUACCUCUGGGACAUUCACAAUCCCCGUACCAAAUUGAUCACCUGGCCGCUCUGCUCCUUGCGACGCUAUGGGCGUGAUGCUACUCGUUUCACCUUUGAAACAGGAAGGCUCUGUGACAGCGGUGAAGGUCUCUACACGUUCCAGACCAGAGAAGGAGAGCAGAUAUAUCAAAUGGUUCACUCUUCCACACUGGCAAUUGCUGAGCAGCACAAGAAGGUUCUGAUGGAGGUUGAGACAAGAAACAGAUUGAUGUUUCAAGGUUCGGAAUCCAACUCCUACCCCUCUACCCCUAUUGCCAUACUGCCCAGAUCAGCCUACUGGCACCAUAUUACUGGAACCCAGUCUUGCAUGGACUCUGGCAGCGCUUCGGAAGAGCUGAUCACGUCGACUUGUUUUCCCGCGGAACGCUACGCUUCUCUGCCCUUUGAAAACACCCACGCACAGUCCCAGCCCGAUAUAAAUUCACGUGACCAAAGACUCCAUCCGACCUUCCCCAGACCGUGACAUGUGACUGUCAUUCUGGUAUUCGUAUCAAUAAAUGUGGUUUUGUCAUCGAGUCAUCUCUUUUGGCUUCAGUUGGGGAGGGGCGAUCUCAACAUUAAGGUUUAGGUCUCCACUCAGAAUCACAAUUUCAUAUUCGGUAGAUUAUGCCUGGAUCUACGGCCGGGCGAUCUGACCUCAAAUUUAUAUCACGGUAUAAAUUGAAU